AUGACUGUCGCCUUUGAACGCAGUGCGAAGUUGUUGUUGUGCGAAGUUGUUGUUGGUACAGGGUUGAAAAAAGAAAAGAAUAGAGUGGCGAUGACUGUCGCCUUUGAACGCAGUGCGAAGUUGUUGUUGAGUGCGCUUCCUUUUCGUAUUGCGUCGCUUUUGGUCCACUUUGAGUUGCAAUACAAUAUGAAUGACGAUCCUCAACAGGAAUGA